AGUUGGCCUUAUGGCACAACACCGCACCUACUUAUGAAAUACAAGGGGUUUCCUGUUGGUAACCUCCAGUUCCUUUUCCUGGGUGCGGUGAUUCUGUGUCCCAAACAGCACAGAGGCAGUAACACAGACCAGAGAGACAGGGAUGAAGCUACAGCAGUUGGUCCUUUUGCUCGGAGUCUUUGGAAUGCAAAUAUCUGGCACAAGAACAGAAGUUCUGCCACCCCCUGUUCUCACUCUGGCAACUCCAGGGGUUGUGCGCGAGGGGCAGUCGGCUAACUUGCAAUGCACUGCACCAGAGCAGCAUAAGGAAGGAGUCUUCUACCUAUAUCUAGAGGGCAGCAAUGAGACCCUGCAGAAACUAGAUGCCCAAGAGGCCAGGCACAGUGUGACCUUCAUAGUCAGUGGGCUCCGUACGUCUGAUGUUAAGAAAUACUACUGCCAAUACCAAGCCAGGGUGUUAGAUCGACUGCAGUCAUCAGAGGCUAGUAAUGUUCUGCAAGUGAUGGUGUCUGUUCCCAUCUGGGUGAUUUCAGUAUCUGCUGCUGGCGCCGUUGCUGCUGUGGUUGUUGUGGUGUCAGCGUCGGUGCUGAUGGUGAAGAGAUGUAAAGACAGAAAGAAACAGAAACAAAGAGAGAUGGAAUCCGUAUGGACCAAAGAAACAAUGACGUCAGACUGGAGCUAUGAUAAUAUGGUCUUUUACAAGGUAGGUGUUUGAAUAUUGCACUACGAUUAAAGAGGAACAAAGAUUACAUUUUAAAGGACAACUAAACCCACCUAGACAAGAUAUGGUCUGCACUGGCCCUAGGGUUGCCACCUUUUCUGGAAAAAAAUACCGGCCUUCCUAUAGAUUUAUAUUUUUUCCCUAUUAAUAACAUUGGGAUCAGCCAUCAGUGGCAAUCCUAACUGGCAAUCCCUCCCACCUUUCCCAACCUUCCAGCCAGUUCAGGAAGAGGGCCUGUGCAGGUGUCCUAUGUUGGCUAAGUAGGUUUAAUAGAGAGUAACUAAUGGACUCAUGUCUGAAGCCUUUGGCCCUAUAGGAGUUGCUGGUAUCCAUUCUCUGGUCACAUGGUACAUUUAUAUGAAGACAAUAUGCCAUGGGGGGGUGGGAGAUACCAAUGAAAACACAUUCACUGUAGUGUAAUAAUCAGUCUCUUGCAUCUGAUAUUCUGUUUAUUGUGUCCCACCCUAUUACUCCAGCUUUGUCUUACCGCACUAUCCAUUCUACUGGGGGUUUCACAAAUCGAAGCGAGAGUGAAAAGUGAAUGGCAUGCAUAUAAUGGGGACAGUUUUGUGCCAGAGCUUGUUCCACCCCUACAAGCCCUAAAGAAGCCCUAAAGAACAUCAUAAUAUGAAUGACAUGCAGCACCUACAGGCACUUCUGUCUCUCAACUCCUUAGGCCGGUGAUCCCCAACCAGUGGCUCUUGAACAAGAUAUUACUCACUAACCCAUUGGUUGUUGCUCCCAGUGGCCUCAAAGCAAGUGCUUAGUUUUAGGGAUGCACCAAAUCCAAGAUUCUGCCUUUUUCAGAAGGAUUUCAGGCCGAAUCCAACCUGGUCGGUCCAAAUCCGAAUCCAAAAAAUCAUGUGACUUUUCAUGGCAUAAACAAUUAAUUUAAAAGUUUUU